CUUCACUCUCCACUCUGAUCCACUUGAUUUGUGCCAAGUCUCCUCGAUCUCAUCUCAUCUCUCUCUCUCUCUCAUCUGUCAUCUCCUUUUCCCCCUCCCACACUCGUUACCAUGACCGCCGUCGACGCCCUCAUCCUCCACCCCAAGGUCACCCAGAGCCUGGCCCUCCUCGCCACCACCCUCGGCCGCGACAAGGUCUACCGUCUCAUCCAAUAUGUCUCGCGCGUCGUCGCGUGGUCCGCCGCGCGCAACGGCCACCUCGACCUUGCCUCCCGCUUCGAUGCCCUCAAGGGCGCGCUGGGCCAGGCGCGCAAGGUGAUGCGUGUGUUCAAGCCCGUUGAGAACCUCCAGGCGGCUGUCAAGAUUGCCGAGGCUCCCUUCAAGGGCUACACCGGCGCCGAGCACCUCGCCCAGGCGACGCAACUUACGCGCCAGCUGUGCUACGCGACGUACCUGACGCUCGACUCGAUCAUUUGGCUGCAGUUCGCCAAGUUCCUGCGUCUGGACAAGGACAAGAUGGCGCGGAUUGGGCGGGUGUCGCAGAAGGCGUGGUUCUACGGCAUUCUCUUCUCGCUCGUGUCGAGCGCGGCGAGCCUCGUCAACCUGCGCGCGCAGAGCCGCCGCUUCGCGCUGCAGGCGGACAUUGCGCGCGAUGACGAGAAGGACGCCGCGGCCGCCGAGGCCGACCGCCGCAAGCAGGGCCGCGCCCUCCUCACCCAACGCCAGACCAUUAUCAGCCAGCUCGUCACCGACGUCUUCGACUUCUGGCUCCCCGCCAACAACCUCGGGUACACCCACCUCAACGACGGCAUCGUCGGUACCUGCGGCGCUAUUACGUCCUACAUUGCCCUCCAGAAGGCGUGGGCCAAGCACGCGCGCAAGUAGACACGCAGCGUGCAUGCUGCCCAGAGCGCGAAGAGAUACCACUGUGCAAAGGAUCAGUGUAAAAGUUCAGCAAAGUUUCUGCAUAGGUUGUCACGCUGGAUGUGUAGGAGACGCAGAGACGCAGAGACGUGAUGCAAGCGAUACAUCGG